AGUUCGUAUUGAAUUAUUUCGUAAAUAAAGCAGCGGUUGUUUGAUUUGUUUGCGAUCGAAGCUAUUACGCAUUCGUGUAACAAAGAUUUGGUGUUUUUAUUUAAAUUUUAAAUCAAACGUAUAAAAAUGGCUGGAGAAGUAGUUGUGGACGCUCUACCUUACAUUGAUCAAGGUUAUGAUGAUCCUGGUGUUAGAGAUGCGGUGUUUUCUAUGGUUGAAGAAGAAACCCGUAGGUAUCGUCCAACCAAAAAUUAUCUAGAGCAUCUACCUCCUCUUAACUUACAUGCAUUUGAAACUGAAGUUAUUAGAACUGAAUUUGAGCGGUUACAAGCAAGACUACCUAUGGAUGUUUUAAGUAUGAAAAGAUAUGAAUUGCCACAACCACCAGCUGGUAAAAUGUCUGAUUUAGCUGCUUGGACAGAGUCAGUAGAAAAUUCUAUGGCUCAGUUAGAACAUCAAGCUACACGAAUUUGUAAUUUAGAGCUCAUGGGCAUUUAUGGCUGUGAAACAUGGAAAGCCUGUAAUGCUGUUUUGGUUCAAAUGACAAAUCAAACUCAGAAACAGUUACAAGAUUUAAAGAAGAAAAUUUUAGAAGUGAACUGGCAAAGGAAAAAUUCUCAAAAUACAGCAGGUGAAAAAUUGAAAGAAUUGGAAUCAAGUUGGGUCGGACUUGUAAGUAAAAACUAUGAGAUUGAACGUGCAUGUGCAGAACUAGAGAAAGAAAUACUUGUUUUAGAACAAAAGGCUGAAAAAUUGAAAGGCUCAUCCCAGAAUGUAUAAUUUGACUGCAAAGAUGAAGCUAUCUAUUGUUAAUGGAUCAUUGUUAAAAUCUUCAUUUAAUUGGAUAGAUGUUAUCACUUGUACAGUUAUUCAUAUUUCUUAUUCUUAUAUGUGUUGAUGUAAAUGGAAUUUGUAAUGAUAUUCUUUAUAAAUCUGACAUAUGAUAUUCAACACCUAAAAUAAACUACUGGUAGUAAAACA